AAUUAUUUCGGUCAGUAAACACGGCAAAAUCGCCUUUAUAUAAACAGCUCCUAUCAGGCAAAUCGCAGAAAGACACACAAACUCGACAAAAGAGUGAGAAUCAGAGAAAGAAAGUGAAGAGUCGUAGAGAAAUAAACAUCUUCUCUUCUUCCUCUGAUCCAUUUUAUUACUCCUUAUAUUGUCUUCUUUCUUGUUUUUUUUUUUCUCAUAAAUAUUGUAAAAAUGGGCUCGGAAGCAACCGCCGCCGUGGAAAACCUGCAGCAACCGUUACUUGAGCCAGCGAAAUCGGAAGCCGAUUUCAGGAUGGAGACUGUGUUAACGGACACUCAUUUGCCUUAUUUCCGGCGGAUUUACUUCGCGGCGUUGAUCGAGUUGAAAUACCUCUUACACCUGGCCGGUCCGGCGAUCUUUGUCUACGUCAUCAACAAUGGCAUGUCGAUGCUCACUCGUAUCUUCGCCGGUCGAAUCGGAAGUAUGCAACUCGCCGCCGCCUCUCUCGGAAACAGCGGUUUCAAUUUGUUCACCUUUGGUCUCAUGCUUGGAAUGGGAAGUGCAGUAGAGACAUUAUGUGGGCAAGCGCACGGAGCUCACAGAUACGAGAUGCUCGGAGUCUACUUACAAAGAUCCACCGUGGUUCUGUUCCUCACCGGACUUCCCAUGACACUGCUCUUCAUCUUCUCCAAACCUCUCCUCACUUCUCUCGGAGAGCCAGCUGAAGUGGCAUCAAUGGCUUCCGUCUUCGUCUACGGGAUGAUCCCAAUGAUCUUCGCUUACGCCGUCAACUUCCCGAUCCAAAAAUUCCUCCAGUCACAGAGCAUCGUCACGCCGAGCGCUUAUAUCUCAGCCGCAACGCUCGUCCUCCACUUAAUCCUCUCUUGGCUCGCCGUCUACAAGCUCGGGUGGGGCUUACUUGGUCUCGCUCUAGUUCACAGUCUCUCGUGGUGGAUCAUCGUUAUUGCUCAGAUGCUGUAUAUAAAGAUGAGUCCAAGAUGUCGCCGGACUUGGACUGGCUUUAGCUGGAAAGCUUUUGAUGGUCUCUGGGACUUUUUCCGGUUAUCGGCGGCUUCCGCCGUCAUGCUAUGCCUUGAAUCUUGGUACUCUCAGAUUCUGGUUCUCCUCGCCGGACUUCUCAAAAACCCUGAACUCGCCUUGGACUCUCUAGCAAUCUGCAUGGCAAUUUCUGCAAUCUCGUUCAUGGUAUCCGUUGGAUUCAACGCAGCUGCAAGUGUGAGGGUUAGUAACGAAUUGGGUGCUGGAAACGCAAGAUCAGCUGCAUUUUCAACCGCAGUAACUACAGGAGUAUCGUUUUUACUGUCGUUGUUUGAAGCCGUGGUGAUCCUUUCUUGGCGCAAUGUCAUCAGCUACAUUUUUACUGAUAGUCCAGCAGUUGCCGAAGCUGUAGCCGAACUCGCUCCUUUUUUGGCUAUUACCAUAGUUCUCAACGGAGUUCAACCUGUUUUAUCUGGUGUGGCCGUUGGAUGUGGAUGGCAAGCAUUUGUGGCGUACGUUAACAUUGGGUGUUAUUACAUUGUGGGGAUUCCAAUUGGUUACGUUCUUGGUUUCACCUAUGAUAUGGGAGCUAAGGGAAUAUGGACAGGAAUGAUUGGGGGCACACUCAUGCAAACUAUUAUCUUACUCAUUGUCACUUUUCGAACUGAUUGGGAUAAAGAGGUGGAGAAGGCUUCGAGACGAUUGGACCAGUGGGAAGACACACAAGCACCGCUUCUUAAGCAGUAAACAAGAAGAGAAGUGAUUUAAAAAAAAAACCAAAUUUAAUCUUGGGGAGAUUUGGAGGUAAAUAUAUAUAUAUAUAUAUAUAUAUUUGUUAGGUUUUCCCAAAAUUGAUUGAAAAUGGAUAAAACCCUCAUUAGUUAAUCAGGAGAUCAGCCACUCUAUUGAUUAAUGAAUUGGAAAAUCGAUAGUUUUCUGAGGGGGUUUGAGUGAAGAGAAGAAAGUCAGUGUACAUUUUUGUAAGCGGAAAUUAAUAUUGAAAAAUGAGAAUGAAAUGUUGAAAAAUAUUUGCUGUAUUGUGUAAUGUGUGGAAGAUUGAGUUUGUUGUAAACCGUUUCUUGUAUGAAAGAAAUCAAUUAAUGAAACUUUGGUUUUAUGGUACA